AGGGAGUCUAGCUGAGUCUAGCGGCUAGUAGCCAUGAUCAUUGCCAUGUGGCACUACAUGCUGGGACGCCUUCUUGUCUUCUUCAUUGUGGCAGUGUGCGAAGAUGCUUGUGACGAGUUGCGAGAAGUGGCCAUGCGCAUGGCGCCCAUGUUCGAACUGGCAAGUCUUCCGAUGCACACACAGGCGCUCAUGCAGAUGAAUGAAAAGGCCGCCAAGACGUGUCAAGUGAUUCAAUCGAAGCUCGGCGACAUGCCAAACGAUGAACAACACUGCCUGUCUGGUGCAGCCUUGCUCUUUUGCAGGCAGGCCUUCCAUAUAGCCACAGGCUAUGUGAUUCCACAUUGCCCACUGGAUUUGUUUGGCUGGAGCUCCAGGGGGUCCUUUGACUUUCUGCGAGAGGAGGUCCUCAGUGGACGCUGCAAGAACGAGAUACAGUUGCGAGGCCCAAAGGCUGUGGACUCAAAAGGGUCAAGGUCAAGAAGGUCAAGGCCCUGUGUGGAAGGCGUUUCCUUCUGUGCGACGCGCGUCUUAGAACUACGUCUCUUGGAUGAUCACUUAGUGACUUCCUUGUGGAUUGAUCGACCAGGAGGUGUUCAUGAGGGCGUGAAGAUUCAAUUUCACACGGGCGAUCGAUGGAAAUGGAUGCGGAAUGGCGCCUUGAACACCAGCGGUUGGCAUGAAGUCAGAGGCGAGCGGAUCCGUGGCCUGAAGAUCUUGGCGCCGGGGCGACGUUUCUGCCUUUGCGUGGCGCUACAGGGCUGCGGGUGGCAGCAUCGCCCUAGCCCGUCUUUCUCCACGCUUCUUCAGGAGCCUUACCCAGUCUUUGGUAUGCAGUACUUGAUCCAAGACAGCCUCAUGAAAUACAUGAAGUCCAAAGAGAAUGCCAACACAGAUUCUGAGACUCUGGUAGUGGAGGGCGACGGAGCUGAUGCGCAGAUCUUGUCACCACAUUUGGCACGAGCUGGGCGCUUUCUCCUAGCCUUAGAGGCGCAGCUCGCUGCGCCGGCCUCCCGGCUGCGGCCGCUGGAGGAGCUCCUACCAAAGCCGUGGAGGCUGGGUGCCGAGCUCCUGCUGUUGGAGCUGCACGCGGCGCAGGCGCUGCGCCAGGCGCCACUGGAUGGGCGCGUGGGGUCAGCGUUCUGGGAGCAUGUGCAGCAGGCCGAAGGUGCCUUCCGCCACACGGACACCACGGGUCCUGGGGCCUCCGCGUGCGGCGUCACGGGCGCCUGGCAGUUCCUGCACCGAGCGCAGCUGCGGCUGCAGGGGCGAGAUGCUCCCAUGGACGACUUAAGGGAUCCCAUGGUGAACAUCACAGCUUAUCUCAGCGAAGAGCGCGAAGGGCCUUGUGGCCAGGUGGCCUUUCCAGGGCAAAAUGGAGCAGAUCGCUGGGCCUUGGAGGAAGUGUUUUGUUGCAAGACAGGCGGUGUGUAUGUGGACAUUGGUGCAGCUCACAGCUGGAGAAUUAGCAACACCUACACCAUGGAUGCAUUUCUGGGAUGGACGGGUCUUUGCGUCGACGUCUUCUUCGAGGACCCCGAGACCUUCGACUUGCUCCGGCGCUGCCAGCGGCUCCGUCGCGCCGUGUGGCGCGCCAGCGACGAGCGGCGCACCUUCCGCCGGCCCACGCGCACCGCGGCAACAGCGACGGUGCCGCAUGGGCAUGGCUGGGUGGAGGGCGAUGAUGCCUUGGAGAACCAGAGGCGCUCCGAGGACAUGGCCGCUUCGCUGGGUGAGGCUUGGACCUUCACCACCGCCACCGUAUCCACGAUCUCAUUGUGGGACCUUCUGCGGCGCUUCGCCAACUCCUCGGAAGGCUUCACGGUAGAUUUCUUGAGCAUGGACAUCGAGGGCAACUCGGAGGACGUCUUGGAGGCCUUUUUCGAAAAGCGAGAUGAAGAACUCACGAAACAUGGGGCAAAACCGGAUGCCACGUCCGAAAUGGACAUCUUCAUCGCCACCCUGGCUGUUGAGAUCUCCAACGACGAGGAGCAGCAAAGUUGGAACACCUCGCGUACCGGGCGGCUGCUCACGCGGCACGGCUACGAACUAGAUCACCGGAGGGGACUGGACGAGUACUGGCGCCAUUCGUCCGUGCAGCACUGCAAAAAAGCGGAGCGGUUCCGGCCUUUGGGGGACGAACUUGGCCGGGAAGGAGCGGAGGAUCACUGUGCCAGUCAGACUUGCGAGUCACAUCCUGCGAGUGACAGACUAAAGAUUUGUGUUUAA